ACGGUGAACCUUGACCUGAAGAAGACCCUUCCUCCCCCUCCCUCGCCGAGAAGAUGGCGCUCUCCAGGCUGUGCUGGGCUCGAGCUGCUCUGCGGGGUUCGGCGGUCACCCCUCGACCUUAUGUCACGCGGAGGCCGCAGCUUGUUCGCUCUGGACUGGCCUGGGGAGCCCCCUGGUCUUCAAAGCUGCACCUUUCCCCGAAGGCAGAUGUGAAGAGCUUAAUCUCUUACGUGGCGACUAAGACAAAAGCGAUCAAUGGGAAAUACCAUCGGUUUUUGGAACGUAAUUUCCCCCGCUUCUAUCUCCUGUACACCACCUUCACAAAAGGAUUGCAGAAGUUAUGGGCUGAUGCCAAAAAGUCUAGAAGAAUAAAGGCAGAUAUGGUGAAGCACAAUGUAAAGUUUCAUCAACUUUCAUACCGGGAGAUGGAGCAUUUGAGACAGUUUCGUCGAGAUGUCACCAAGUGUUUUUUUCUGGGUAUUAUUUCCAUUCCACCCUUUGCCAACUACCUGGUCUUCUUGCUAAUGUACCUGUUUCCUAGGCAACUGCUGAUCAGACAUUUCUGGACCCCAAAGCAACAGAUUGAUUUCUUACAUAUCUAUCACGAUAUCCGGAAAAAGUCCCACCCGGAAAUCCUUUCUUAUUUGGAAAAAGUUACCCCUCUCAUUUCUGAUGAAGGACUCCGGUGGCAUAUGACAGAGCUGUGCACCAAGAUACAGCGUGGUACCCACCCAGCAGUACAUGAGAUCCUAGCUCUGAGAAAGAGUUUCUCUAACCAUCCUCUGGGCAUGAAUCAACUCCAUGCUUCGCAAAUUAAAGCCUUGAGUCGAGCCAUGCUUCUCACAACUUACCUGCCUUCUCCCUUGUUAAGACAUCGUUUAAAGACUCAUACCACUGUGAUUCAUCAGCUAGACAAGGCUUUGGCAAAGCUGGGGAUUAACCAGCUGACUGAUCAGGAAGUGCAAUCGGCUUGUUAUCUUCGUGGCUUGAAUUCUACCCUUAUUGCUGAAGAGCGGUGUCGAACUUGGCUGGCAGAAUGGCUGCAGAUUUCCUGCAACCUGAAAGAAGCUGAGCUGUCUCUUUUGCUACACAACGUGGUCCUGCUUUCCACCAACUACAUUGGGACAAGGCGCUGAGUGAGCAUGGAGCGAUGGCAUUGUCCUGCCGUCACAGUCCAGCAGCGUGGGACCAAACAGCACUUGUCGGCAGAGUCUGGAUGCCGUUAGCGUGUGAGGCCGAGGAGCUGGUGCCACGAGCUUCAGUGUGUACACUCGUGGGAGCUGGAACUGAAACAAACCUCUUACCAGGGGUAGCCCUUGGGAGCUUCAUCCCAACUUCCUUGGAAUUAAGUGACACUGGAAGCAGCCACUGUACUAGGCUGUUACUGUAAUAUGCUAAUUUCAGAUUCUGGGAAGUGAGCUUUGGCCCAGGUGGGAAUUCUCAUUUGGCCUAGGACUUAUUCACUGCCAUAGUCUUUUGAGCUGUUUUUGUUCAAGCCAUUUCUGGCCGGUGAGGGGAACAGCACUACUUAAACUAGAGCACUUACACGCAUGCACUAGGAUGCUCCCCUCAACCCUGAGAUGACCAAAAAUAGGAAUUUUUUUGUCCCCGUCAAUGGGUUAACCUCUUUCCUUUUCAAAUCCUUUUACCACCUUUACUUUUUUUUAGUGAAUAACGUAUGGGAACAUUCUAAUGGACAAGAUACAAGGAACAAGUCCUUCUUGACUGCUUACCCAAUUAUUUAUAGCCUUCACACCCUUGUCUUAAUUUCUGGUCUGUGCCACAACCUGUGGAUCUUAAACUCUUCGCUACCUCCAUUGUGUCGCAGCCAUCCAAUUUUAACUGAAAAUGGCUGCCUUUGGCCAUGGAUCAAACCUGUACAGUACUAACCCGCCCAGGAAACCAGGAAAGAUCUGCAUCAAGAUAGUAGGUUGGGCUUAGCUUUUGUCUGUGAAGGUACAUCAGUGGCCUGUGGUAACUUACUGUAAAUGCAUGAAGCCCUGUUUUUAACCCAAGUAAAGACUGUCUGAAAUCA